CAAACAGCGUUUCAACUCUGUAACAAUUAAUUCUACGGGAGUUCCUAAACUUCAGUUAUCCAUCCAUGUUAAUGUGUAAGGCAGCCUUCUCUCGCUACAUUCUACAGAAAGGUGGUUCUCUCGAGCGUAUGGACGAUCUCUUCAGGGCUUUUGAUGUUGGCAGAAAGAAAUUUCUUUCCUUCAAACAUUUCUACAUUGGUUUGGCAGCUCUUGAUCCUCAUACAAACCAUGGUGGUGGUUCUGCUGAAAUUCGCUGCAAAUAUAUUUUCCGCUUCUACAGUUCUCACAAAGAAGGAUUUCUGGAGCCUUCUGAAUUUCGGAAUAUGGUGAUUGACAUCAUGAAUAUCAAAGGUUUGCCCUGUCACCCAGAUUCCAUAGACAAAACUGUCGAUGAAAAUAUCAAGUUGUUUCAUGAUGAUGACAAAACCGAUGUACACCAUUCCAGUAUUCCUCUCAACAAUUUUCUGGUAGCCGUUGGCAACCUGAAAUUCCGUGGCACUUCGAUCCUCUUCCGUCUACCUCGCUCCAUUUACACUCACACCAAAAGGCCCAACACAGAAGUGACAAGCCAAGAUGAGAGUUCAAAGAAACUGAAGCUGUCCAAUGAUGGUGAGUCUAACCAAACAACUUUUUUCCCUUUCUCUUUCGCUGCCUUACAUUGACCAACAGACAGGCCC